AUGUUAGAUUUUACAGAUUGGAAACCUGAUAGAUUUAGAACUUUGCAUAAACAAUUAGAAUUAGUUUCUUCUUCAACAACCGAUUCUUCUUUAAAGGAUCUAUGUCAUAAACUUCAGGAAAACAAAAAUUGGCUUGUAAAUCUGUUAGAUUUUCCUGCUCAAAAUUCAGCAAGUCGACAAAAACUACAAAAAGGAACUGUCAUUAUAAACAAAUUUGAAUACAAAUUUCCCCCAGAUAUAAUCACUGAAACAAUUUCAAUAUCUGAUUUUCUCAAGGUUGAUGAACUUUUUGCAGCUACUCUUUUUUAUCAUGGCACUAAAAAUUGUACAAAAUUUGGUAGAUCAGCUCCUGAAACUGCAAUAUUGCUUUUUCUCCAAGAACGAGGUUAUUUGUUAGUUUGUUUAUCAAUUCUUAUUGGAAAUUCAUACAAUGAUGAUAUUGAUCUAUCUGCCAGAGAAAAAUUAGCUAAUUUCACUAACAGUGUUGUAGAUUUGAUUUCAAGAUAUAACAAAAAUGUCACGUUUGCAAGAAAGCUUAUGUCAUAUAUUGACAAACUAAAAGUUGAAUUAACAGAACUAGAAGGGCGUUUAGAACAACUUACUACUCAAUCACAAACUUUAAUUUCAAAAGAACAAUUAGAGGAAUUAAAUAAAGGUUUUAUUUUGGUUAAUUUUAAUGCUGAUGCUACUAAAGAUCGAAUCAGACAGACAUCAAUACAGCGUAGAUAUCUCGCAUACAAUCUAUGGCUAUACACUUACAAUUACCUUUUAAAUCCAAUAGAGGUUAUAGAAUUGACUAAAAUGUUGAAAUUAAUUGAAAUUAAAGACAUUGUUUUUCCUUACUUGUUAACUUCAUUAUUGUCUGCAACUGACACAACACCAGAACAUAUUGAUUCAGAGAUUCCUGCAAAACAAAAGCAUAUAGAUUUAAUCACAAACAAAAAUUUUAUAAAUGAAUUUAUAAGUGUAGUUAAUAACCCAAGCGAUUGGAAAAAUAAUGCAACUAGAGCAAUAAUUCAAAUUCAAUUAUGUGUUUUUAUUCUUGAGGCAAUAAAAAAAGAUCUUUCAUUAGAACAAGGUUUAUCAAUUAGGGAGGAACAAUUAAGUGAAAUGUUUAAAAGUGCAAUUGUUAAUGAUGCCUUUCAAUUUAUUACACACACAUUGCUCUCAUUUCAAAAAACUGAGAUGGAAUCUGCCACCAUAGAGAUUGCACCAGGAAUUUUAAAUGUCCAAAAAACUAAUUUAUCAGAUAAUGAUUUUCAUACAGCAUCAAUUACUCAGCCAGGAAUGGUUCCAAAAGUUAGUAAUUACAUACCUGAAGAUUUCCAGUUUUAUCUUCGUAAACAAUUAGAAUUUUUUGUGAUAUCAAUUAUUAAGAAAAUGAUGAGUAAUUUACAGAAAAUACGCCGUCAAGAAGAGGAUGCUAUUAAAUCACAAAAACCUGAACAAAUACGACAUGAUAUUGAGGCCUUUUUGAUAAUGAUUGCAAUUUUAUAUAGAGAUUCUCCUGAUGAAGGACUUAUAUUUUGGACAGAUCUGAAACAUAUAAUCAAUUGGGGAGCAAGCUUUCAAGAAAAGGGAAUGAUGCGUGCUUAUUUAGAAAUGCUUUGUUCAUUAUCAACAGGUAGCAGCUCUAGUAAUUAUGCAGAUGAAUUUUUGUCACAUGAAGGAUGGUGUUCUUGGCAAACUUUAAUUAGUGCUUUAGAAGAAUACAAUAUUGGUGCUAGAAAAGGGGAAAUGCAAAUCAGAGAGGAUGAGGUUCAUCUGAUAAUCUCUUUUCUAAGAAUUUUUAAACAAAUUGUUCAACACUCAAUAAAUGCUCACAUAAAGUUUAUCCAAUCUAAUGUUCCAAAAACUCUUUUAAGUUUGGCAAUUCAACACAUCCCGACAGAAUUGAAAGCUGAGAUAUACAAUGCAAUUUCUUCUUUUGUCAAUUCGGAGUAUGAAAAUUAUGAUCAAAUUGCCAUAAAAUUAUGGUCAAUGAUUGAGGAGCAACAAAUUGUUCCUACUGUACCAAAAGAUCUUAAAAAUAGCAUUAACGCUUUUUAUGGAUAUACAAUGCAAAUGCAAGAAUCAUGGGAUAUAAAAAGAGAAAUCAAUGAGAUUGAAUCACCAAAUAAAUUGUUUUUUCAAACUUUAGCAUUUGUAAAGCUUAUUAAUUCUCUGAUUUAUAUUCCUAAUUAUAAUUUUGCUUUAAAUUGUGGGCUUCCGGUUCACUUUACUACUGUUCCUGAAAAAAUAGGUGAGGGUUAUCGUCAGCCUGGAAUUAUACCUUAUAUAAGUUUUAUUUUAGAAAAUAUUUUUUUCAGAGCACAUUCUCGUGAAUAUGUCUUUAUUUCACAAAAAUGGAAAAUUUUAGAGAACUCAUUGAAUAUAAUUGAAAAAUGUUUGGUUUCAUUUGAUUUAACUGGACCUUUAUUUCGAGAUGAUAGGCAAUUGACCACUUCAACCAAGUCAUUCCAACAAACAAGAAUGAUAAUAAAUAAAGAUGAAGCUGUGGUUUUUAAUAAAGAAGCAAUAACUUAUUUAAAAAACCAUCCAGGAUUUGAUAUAAUGAAAAGACUUUUAAGUAACUCUAGACUUGUUCAAGUAAUAUUUGAAAUAUUGGUAGAAUGUUUGGAUCUGAUUUUGGAAGAUGAGAAAAGAAAUCAUAAUUUAGAAAAUUGUGUUUUAUGUUGCUUAAAAAUUUUAUGGAUUGCAAUGGAAAAGCAAGAAAGAUUUGUUGAAAAGGUCAUUCCUCUAGCACAAGAAAAUUUUCCAGGAUAUCUUGAAAACUCUUUUCUAUUGAAAAAAGAUAUAAUUGAAAAAAUUUCAUUAUAUAUACUCUGUGAAAAUCCAGAAAUUUGUUUUUAUGUUGUUAAGAUUUUAUCUAGUUUAUCCAGAUCUGCUUUAUUUAAUUCCAAAGAAAGAUUCAGUUUCAGAUCAGAAAGGGUUAAUAGAUUGAUGGGUGUACUUGAUUCCAGUCCUGAAUCUGAUAGAAUUCUUGCAGGGUUUGUUAUGAGAUUAGAUAUUAAUAUAGAGGAAAUUUGUGAAGAAAUAAGCCUAGAUUUUCAAGAAUUAGAAUUAACGCAUCUUUGCCUUAAAAAUUGGACAAAAAGUAACGAAGAAGGGUACAAUGCACCAGCAUUUUUAUUGAAUGAAAGAGGAAUAACAUUUGCAACAGUGUCUUUUGCGGUACUUGAUUUAAUAUUAGAAAACCUGAUUCCUGGUAAAACACCAGCAACAAUAUCCCAUUUUCUUUUAGGAUAUGAUUUUAGCAAUACAUUAACUCGCACAUCCAUCAAAUAUCUGAACCAAUAUGACCUGAGAGAAUCAUGUUUACAUAAGGUAUUGGAAAUUCUUGGUCAUAAAAUCAAUGAAGACUAUAAAUAUGACAUCAUCAAAUCCUCAUUUUCCAACUAUCCUGCAAUAACUUCACGUUGCUAUCAAAUCUUAUAUAGACUAUGUGCAGACAGUUCUACUUCUGAAGCAACACUAUUGUUUUUACGAAAUCAAGGUUUUAUUCAUAAACAAUUGGAAGCAAUGCCAACAAACAUUUUCCCAUCAGAAAAAUCCCAUGAAUUUGAACCUUGCUUGUUGACACGGUAUGACAAAUAUUCAUUUGAAAUUGACCUAGCUACCCUUUGUGCCAAUUUGGAUGAGCGAACCUGGUUUAUGAAAAUCAUUGCAUUAGAAUUACAUAAAUCUCAAACUCAAUCAAAUAUAGACAAUUUGUUGGCACUAGUAUUUGGUGAUAAGGCAAUUAAAUCUCAGUCAGAAGACGCAAUAGAUGAAGAAAUUUUUGCUUCAUCCCCAAUGAAAAUUAUUGAGAUUCUCUAUAUGUUAGAAUUUGAAUGGGAUGAUCAUUGGAAAAUGAAUAAUCCUACGCAAAAAUAUUUUGAUAAGAAAAACAUUGAUAUUUGGAUGAAUAAUUAUAAAAAUGAAAUAGUUUUAUAUCAAUUAAAAGAUAUUUAUUCAGAAUUAAAUCAAAUUUAUAAUCAUAUUCAAAAAAGAGGUUUAGGGAUUAUGCAAGAUGAUGCAAAUCUAAAAAUAGAAAUGAAACAAAUUUUAAAAUAUUGUUACUUUUAUAAUCGACAACAAGAAUUAAAUCAAGCCAGAUAUUAUUGUUUUAAAGCUUGGAGAGAAAUACUUGAAAUAGCUGUUGUAAAUCAUUACAAUAGAAUACAUUAUAAUAUUCGUGAAACAGUCUUUCAUGAUAUUCUAUUGGCACUGUUGUCAAUCUUGAAACAAGAAUCUGAUGCAAUUGGCAUGGUCUUGAGUAAAGUUGUUCUUAUAAUAAUCACUGCUUUACGCCUGGAUCAUAAUUGUUUAUCUUUAAUAAAAAAUUUUAAGACUAAAAAUAAUGCUCAAAUCAGAGUUCAUUCUGAAAGACUUUAUAGUAUAUUCAACCUUAUAAUUGACUGCCUUAUUGGACCAUCAUUCUCCUCAGAUAUUCGAAAUAAUUUAUAUUCUUCUAUGUAUAAUUACUUGCAUUAUAUUGAUUAUGAACCUGAAGACAUGUACAGACAAUAUUUGAUUUCACAAACAAAAUCUAUCAGAAGUACUAGAUCAAUUAUUGAUUCAAGAAAUCUUUCUGUUUAUAGAAAUAUUGGAGAUAAUUUACUAGAUAAAAUAAAAUUGGAUGCUUCUGAAGGAAACAUUCAAGGAAAAUUAUGUGCACUGAAUAUUUUAACAGCGAUUUGUGGUUUAAUAAAGCAAGAUAAAUCAAAUUAUAUAAUUGAUAAUUUAAUAAAAACUCAUUUUGUGCAAAAUAUUGUUAAAAGUUUAUCAGUUCAAAAUGAAUUACUAAAACAAUCUUAUGGAGUUAGACCUGACCUAAAUGCUAUACAUGCAAGAUAUGUGUUCACAUCCAGAAUGAAUUUUUUACUUCGUUUAGCUCAACAAUGUGAUUGUGCAAUUAAGCUUAUAGACUAUGGAGUUAUUGACUAUUUGGAUCAAUUAUUAUUUUUAGAUGACAGGCCAAAAUUUACUUUAUCAAUAGCUGAUAUUCAAGAAAAGUCAUUAUAUAAAGAUUAUCAUGAACUUUUAAUGAGCGUGCUUCGAUUUAUCAGUUUUAUUCUUACAAAUAUUGGACAUGAAAAUAGAAUAGUAUUGAAUAAAAUAUCUGAUUUUAUAAAAAGGCACCAAGGAACAUUUUCUGAUAUUUUCAAUGAUACUCCAAGUAUGGAACAAUUAACUGCAAAGGAUGCAACUAAAUAUACAAUAUCAAUAAUGUGUAUAGAAGAAUUACAAGAAUUAACUCGAAUAUUUUAUUUCUUGGGUUUCAGAAUUGAAAAUAUUGAUUUGCAUCGUAAAGAUACUCAUCAGAAAACUUUUCAAGAUUUCCUAAAAGAAUUGAUGUCACGAUAUUUUUUGAUCAGGAAACAUAUAAUAACAGUUCAAGAUUUCGAUGAAUCAAAUCUUCAAUAUAUUAAAGAACAAAUUGAGUAUAUCAAUAGAAAUCUUUUGUCAUGGUGUCAAGUAUUGUCAAAAUUUACACCAAUAUUUACACCCUCUCUUGAUUUUGCAAGAAGACCAGAUGAUAAUUAUCAAGGAAAUUUUGAAUUAUCAAUUAUUGUAAACUAUUUGAGGACCUCAAUAGAUUAUUUAUUAAUAAAUUUAAAAAAUUAUGGCAAAUUAUCAUCUCAGCUUGAGAAAGGUGCAAAUGAACUGUCAAAUAACACAGAUGAGUUGGAUGAAUCUCAUCAAAGAUCUUUGGCAAUUAGAGGAUUACAGGAUCAAGUUUGCAAAUAUCUAAAAAAUACCAUACAUUAUUUUUAUGAUGUUGAAGUUUGUUUAAUAUUAUUGUGGAGGCAUUUCAAUUGUUUCAUUGUCACUGCUAAAAUAACAUCAAUUAAAACUACUGCAGGAAUUGUUAUGAUAGAUAUUUUUGAAAAAUUAAAGGCUUUGGAUGAUAAUGAGGAUGUAGAGAAAAAAUUUAAAUCUAAAAAUGAAUUUAUACAAAUGUCUGUACGAAGAUUAAAAUCACUUAUAAAAUGCUAA